UGAAACUUCAAUCUCCAUCUCUCAAUCCCUCCAACUCUACGCACCAAGCAGCACUUUGCCGCCGAACAAAAGGGCCCGUGCUUUCGAACAAGCGAUCUCCCACGCAAGCACCCACGCAGACGGCUCGACGCGGCCACCAUUAACUCCUACGCUCUUCUCCACCGCGGCUCCUCAGGCUCUCCUCCACCAUCGCCAUCGCGCCCUCGACCGGUAAGCUCUCGGGUCGAGCACGAAUCACGCCUCCGUAGCGGCUUUUGCGGCACCAUACAGAGCCUCCAGGCUGGCUUGUCCGCGGACGAAACCGAAAGUACAGCACACACGAUGUCGGACCAGCUGGCAGAUCAGCUGAGAGGGACCCAGCUCAGGUUCGUCCAGAGUAGCCCCGGACCGCCGCGCGAGAGACAGCUUGCUGACCGGCACAGCGACGGCACCCCUCAAAAUGAGGACUGGAAGAAGAACCUGAAUCUCCCUGCCAAGGACAACCGGCAACAAACAGAGGAUGUCACGAAAACAAAAGGCCUCGAGUUCGAAAACUUUGCGCUCAAGCGCGACCUGCUCAUGGGUAUCUUCGAAGCCGGCUUCGAGAAGCCGUCGCCCAUUCAGGAGGAGGCCAUACCUGUAGCCCUCACCGGCCGCGACAUUCUGGCACGAGCCAAGAACGGCACCGGCAAGACUGCCGCCUUCGUUAUUCCCGUGCUCGAACGCAUCAACCCCAAAGUGUCCAAGAUCCAAUGCCUCAUCCUCGUCCCGACACGCGAGCUUGCCAUGCAAACGUCACAGGUCUGCAAGACACUCGGAAAGCAUCUCGGCAUCAACGUCAUGGUCACGACCGGCGGCACCGGUCUCCGCGACGACAUCCUGCGGCUCCAAGAUCCCGUCCAUAUUGUGGUCGGUACUCCCGGCAGGAUCCUCGAUCUCGCAGGCAAGAACGUCGCCGACCUGAGCGAGUGCCCCAUGUUUGUCAUGGACGAGGCCGACAAGCUCCUGUCGGCCGAGUUUACACCCGUCAUCGAGCAGCUGCUGCAGUUCCACCCCAAGGACCGCCAAGUCAUGCUCUUCUCCGCCACUUUCCCUCUGUCUGUCAAGGACUUUUCCGACCGCAACAUGGUGAACCCCUACGAGAUCAACCUCAUGGACGAGCUCACCCUUCGCGGCAUCACGCAGUACUACGCUUUUGUCGAGGAAAAGCAAAAGGUGCACUGCCUCAACACUCUCUUCUCCAAGCUGCAAAUCAACCAGUCCAUCAUCUUCUGCAACUCAACCAAUCGUGUCGAGCUGCUCGCCAAAAAGAUCACCGAACUCGGCUACUCAUGCUUCUACAGUCACGCCCGCAUGCAGCAGCAGGCCCGCAACCGCGUAUUCCACGACUUCCGCAACGGCGUCUGCCGCAACCUCGUCUGCUCCGAUCUCCUUACCCGUGGCAUCGACAUCCAGGCCGUCAAUGUCGUCAUCAACUUCGAUUUCCCCAAGAACGCCGAAACCUACCUCCACCGCAUCGGUCGCUCCGGCCGCUACGGCCACCUCGGCCUCGCCAUCAACCUCAUCAACUGGGAUGACAGGUUCAACCUCUACAACAUCGAACGGGAUCUGGGCACCGAAAUACAGCCCAUCCCGCCCGCCAUCGACAAGAGCUUAUACGUCUACGAGAAUCCCGAGUCCAUCCCCCGCCCCAUCUCGAACCUCCCCAAGAACGCGCAGCAGCCCGUGCCCUCGGCACCGCUGGGGCUGCCCCAGGCCCAACAACCGCAGGGCAACUGGCAAACUCAAAACGGACAGCACAACGGCUACAACCGCGGGCGCGGGCGCGGCCGUGGCGGCUACAGGGGCCGCGGCGGAGGCGGCGGCGGCGGUGGCCGCCCUCGCGGACCGCCCCGCGACGUGCAAUCCUAACCUCACCCUCUCACGAGCAACGGCUGGCGGUGUUGGAGAGUGGGAGACCGGCGUUUUGGAGCACAAUGUUUCUGCAGUCGCGGAGACGGACUGGAGCUGUUUCAUGUUGGAUUGUACAUUAUUCGCACUUGUUUCUUUGGCGAAUGGGCGGUCGGCGUGCCGGGCUUGGUUUGCCGACGGUGGCGGCGUCGUGCGAGGACACGACUACCACGUGCCUACUGGACGACGGCCUCGCGGUUCUCUCUUUAUUACGUCGUUUUCAGCCAGCGUUGCGUUGGCGCAAACGAUGUCGAACAUACCCUGGUUGGCCGUGGACCACUGCUGCCGGGCACGACGGUUUCUAGAGGAAGAAAGGCGGCGGAGGUUCGGGAGCCAGGGGCCACUGCUACUGGUCAUGGCGAAGGCGGCUGCGAAAGGGGGGCGAUUUGCACGCUUUUGCAUUUGCAGGCGAGCACGGAAGACGGCGAGGCGUAUCAGGUUACUCGGCACCAUUUUCUGCAGCUUUUGACGGGAUAUGAACCCGGCUGCAAUCUUUGGCGGAAGACCGGACGGGCUCGCGGACAAACGAUACCACUUGACGAUAUCAACGCGGCGGAUGCCACUGACGAUAUUCUUAGGGUGCGGGAAACGGGCAUUCGCAAUAGCGGAGAGGCGGCGGCGCCCUUGCUCUACCGACUUGGCUUGCGGCUGUGCUAUUUGGAGUCGAUGUAUGAUUCCAGUAUUGCCUUGCGGCAUAGCGGCGACGCCUCGGCCACUUGGUCGGCGACGGGGCAAGGAUGUCGGGGACGAGGAACAAAAAAACAACGGAAAAAAAUUUGAGGCGACCGCUAGGCGGCUGCCACUGUGAACUGGCUAGGCGGUUCGUGGACUUGAGCUCCAGGGACAUGGUCUAGAGCUAGUGGGUGGCGGCUGGCCUGAGCAAGUAAUGGAAACC